AUGGAUGAUAAUUACUGGGAGAUUCUUGUGCCAGAAGAAACCAGAGUGGAGACUGUAUCUGUGGAAGUACCCACAUUCGAUUUAUUAAUGGGUUCUUUCGACAGCUUCCCAUGUCUGGUUUGUAAAUCUUCUCUUCUUUCUGGGCGGACGAUUUCUUCAGAGGCCUUGCAUAGAUCAAUCACACAUGAGUACUACUCGAGGGCUGCAGUCAUAGCUAGACGCCUGUGGGGAUUACUCAACACUGAAGAAAGGAAUCAUGGAAUGUCAAUCCCUCACUAUUUAACGGCGUUGGAUAUUCAAAGAGUUUCUUACUUGGGAUAUGAAGAGAUAAUUAGGAGGACUUUAGAAGAAUCCAGGGCUUCUGAGAUGUUCAGGCCGGCUACUCAAUCUUCGAUUGAAGCACUGGAGAGGGGAAAAUUUUGUGGUUCAGAGGAUGAGAAGUGUAGCGUAUGUUUGGAGGAAUUCGAGCUUGGAGUUGAAGUGUUUCGUCUGCCUUGCUUCCAUUUUUAUCAUGGUGAUUGCAUCGUUCCAUGGCUGGAGAAGAGUCACAUGUGUCCUCUGUGUCGCUUUCCCCUUCCACACCAUCAAUAUUAA